AUGGUCUGGUAUCAGCAGAGUUCAAUUCAGAGACGGUCUGUGACAUUGGAUGGAAAAAAAAGCAUGUCAAUAAAUAUGUCUUUUGUUCUGUACCAUGCAAGAAUGAAAAGUCGAGUACCAUUAAAAGGUAGUGAUAACCCUCCUGGUGCUUAUAUUUUUCUUCCUGAUGGUCCUGCUUCAACCUUUGAUAACCAUGCUUCGUUUAUAGUUGUUGAAGGUUCAGUAAUGCAAAAGGUAUUGGUAGCAAAAUAUGCGAACUUUAGUUUUGUUAAUGUGAUGAAACUGGAAAAGAUGUCACCAUCGAUAGAAAUUCAAAGCACAAUUCAUUUGCAAAAUGUUAAAAAUAUUGAAUUGGCGAUGCGAUUAGAGACUGGAAUCGAUAACGGCGAGGAAUUCUUCACUGAUCUCAAUGGAUAUCAGUUGGUGAAACGCUAUCGAUUCAAGCAGUUGCCAUUGCAAGCUCAUUUCUAUCCAAUGCCGACGUCUGCUAUUAUUGAAGAUGAGAGUUUUCGAAUGACAUUGAUUAGUGCUCAGCCGUUAGGAGUUGCGAAUCUUGCUAGUGGACAGUUGGAUGUUAUGUUGGAUCGACGUUUGAAUCAAGACGAUGGAAGAGGUCUUUUUAGUGGUGUAACUGAUAACAAGAAGACGAGUAAUAUUUUCCGACUUACUGUAGAAGGUAUCAAUCAAAAUGUGCUAUCAAAUACGGGCAAAAGCAAACGUGUCACCGCUUACCAUUCAGCACAAACCUACAGUCAGAUGUUAUCGUUAUUAUAUCCAAUUGUGAUAAUAUUGACGAACUACACUGAAGGUCAUAUCGACAGUUUAAAUGUGAUAAGUUACAAAUUGCCUUGUGAUAUUCAUCUUGUUACUCUACGUACCUUAGCCGCACCAACAGUUUAUGGUAGAAUUUCGGAUCGUAUUCAUAGUCCUGAAAAUUCAUAUGCUCUUGUUUUGCAUCGAUUUGGCAUGGACUGUCGUUUCAAUAAAGCAUCGUUGGAAACAUGUAUUAGUAGCUUGAAUAUCAAACGUUUAUUUACAAAAACACCUUCGAACGUAACGGAAACAUCGUUGACGAUGUUAUACGAAAAUCUGGGUAACGUGAGUGACGUGAACUUGGAAACUAUGGAAGUGAAAACAUUUAGGCUGGAUUAUGUAUUAUAA